AGAAUUGCCGGAGAGAGACUGUGACAAAAUAAUAAGUGAUGAUGCUGAUAAUUAUGGCAUAGAAUUUAUAGUACCAAAUUCUACAAAAAUAUUUCUAACAAACGCUAGUCCUUUUGAUGUUCGUGCUCAAGUUUAUGACAGAGAUGGGACUCUACAAGGAGGAUAUUCUUUGGUUCCUUCUAACAAUACAAUAAUGAUUGAGCCCGCUCAAAGUGAUGUAAUAUUCAUUAAAGCUACAGCUGAAAUUUCAGUUUACGCGGUGCAAUCAAAUUAUGGCUAUUCUGUUAUCCCUGUAGAUGUUCUUGGUCCUAAUUACGUGUACCACAACAUUACAAAUGAGGAGUGUACGUCCUAUUCAUUCGCAGAAUAUUCUGCACAAAAGACUGUUAUAGAGACAACACCUUUUGAAGUAACUUCAGCAGAUCAAUACCUGUUCCAAGAAGGUCGUCCACGCGCUGUGUUUUGCGGUACAAGCAAUUAUUUUGUUCAGAUUCCACCUCGCGAGAGUCUUGGAACUCAUCAUUUCAUUCCACAAUUAGUCAUUGAAGCAAAUGAAGAGGCAAAGAUCCGUCUUGUUGCCAGCGAGGACAGUACAGUUGUAACAAUACGCGGGAAUUAUGAUAAUCUAGACACAAUCGAACUUAAUGGAGAUGGUUAUACACGGGAAGUUGUUCCAAAUAUGGUGUACAACAUUUCAUCAACGAAACCUAUUUUAGUGCUACUCCAGAUAACAGAUUAUCUCUGGACGUCUGUAAUUGCUAUCCCUCCAGUGAGACAAUAUAAAACAAAGCACAAUUUUCAUAACUUGUAUAUCGACCAGACGUUUCAACCACAGUCAAGGUAAGAUUCCAUUAUCUAGA